AUGAUCGAGAUGACCGACCUGUACCAGAAGAUAACUUCACUGGAAAGCCAACACAAACGGUCACAGCUGAACGGAGUCUACGGGGAACUGAUGGAACACAGGAGGAAACUUAAAGACCUCAUCACACGAAAACACCUUCGCAAUCUACAACGUACAAAAGGGUUCUACUAUGCCCACGCUAAUAAGGGGGGGAGAUACCUGGCUAGGCUACUAAAGGGCCCCAUGCCCCACAGGCAAAUAUGACAACUACGACUGGCCUCAGGCGAGGUGACCCCCUUCCCACAGAAGAUAGCUGAUGAGUUUCGGACCUUUUACCAAAACCUUUACAAUCUACAUCCUCCCCCUCGGACGACACGCAAAGAAAGCCACAAUGCGCGAAUAACAGACUACUUGUCCAACACGAUCACCAACACGAUCGACCAGGACUCGGCGUCCAUGCUCGACGCACCGAUCAGCAUGGAGGAGCAAGCGGCAGCCCUCAAAGUAUCCAAAUCGGGCAAGGCCCCGGGCCCAGACGGUUUCUCCAAUCUUUUGCUGCCAUGGCUGACCAAAGCGAUUAAUGCGGUGG